AUGCUCUGCCAGCUUCUAGAUAUGUUAUGGAGUGACCCACAGCAAAAAGAUGGCUGUCGUCCAAAUGUGUUUCGUGGGGGUGGCUGUUACUUUGGCCCGGACGUCACUCGACGCCUGCUCUCUCGUGAACAUUUGGUUCGAUUGAUCCGGUCACACGAGUGUUGUCAAGAGGGCUGGCGGCUUAGUCAUGAAGGUCGGGUUAUUACUGUUUUCUCUGCCUCUAACUAUUACGGACAGGGAAGUAAUUAUGGUGCUGUGCUGGUGUUGACCCCUUCCACAUUGGAGCCGGGAACCAAAAUUGAACCUGAAGCAGUCUUUGAUGAGUCUCGUGAAGCAGUUGAAUGGGAUUUCGCUUAUAGUACUUAA